UCGUGACUUGUUUAAUUUACCAGCAGCCAAACUGUGGAGUGAAUCUACGACCAUAACUGGCUGCUGUCGGUAUUCAUGGGGCCAGACGACCACCAGAGGAAUCUAAACAUGCCUUUCCGGAGACAAGUCUUCAGUUAAAGCUGCUGUAAGAGACGAACCAUGUGGAGAGUUCACGGUUUUGUUGGAAGAGUUCUGCAACGAUGCCAUGGGACCACCCCCCUGCGAUUGUCCCAGAACCAGGGGCAGUCUCAGGGACUGGGGGAGGUUGAGGUCAUUAACAGCUCAACUGUCCUCUCCACCGCUCAACACUCCUCUGACAUCAGUUCUCAGAAAGACGAGGAUGGAGAGAGGAGGAAAAAGCAGAGGACCUUUCAGUUUGGCUACGCUGAGCUUCCACGAUACACAGUCCUGGAUGCUGUGGGAUGGGGUGCUGCAACAGUUCUUUUCAUGCAGAUCUGCAAGAGGAUCCACUCCCAGUUCUCCUCAAGCACUGAGCCGGGUCCGAUCCCUGGAGCCCUGACGGCACCCUCCACCCUGCACAAGUGCGGCUACCACAUCCUGCUGGAGAUCUUGUCUAGACGUGAUGUCCUGCCCAGAGGACGGAGUGUGUUGUGUCUGCAAGGGGUGCCAGAGAGACAGAACCAGGAUCAGGCUCAGAGCAGCAGCAGCGGCAGCAGCAGCAGCAGCAGCAGUUCAGGUGAUGCUCGUCUUCUCAGCAGCAGUGAGCAGGAACAUCUGGCUGCUGAGUGCUCCAUCUCUGACCAACAGUGGACACUACUGAACCAGGAUUCUCCAUUACCCGAGGAAUCACUUCUGUCAGCAUCCUAUCCUCUGCAGAAUGAUGCCAGCCGACACGACACGGAGACAAAAGAUGCGAACGACAAGGACGUGUUGUCUGAUGAGGAGAGGCUGGCAGGAGCAGCACUGAAUCUCAGACAUGUGGGAGAAACAAGCGUUCCCGUUAUCCUCAACAUCAUUGGUCUAGAAAGUGCCAACAAAGAGAACUACGAGGAAGCGUUUACAUGUUUUUUAGCCGCAGCUCAGCAGGGUUACAGCAAGGCCCAGUUCAACACGGGUGUGUGCUACGAGAAAGGCAGAGGAGUCAGCGAGGACAAAGAGAAGGCUCUGCAUUACUACUGGCAGGCGGCGGUUGGGGGUCACAGACAGGCUCAGUACCGCUAUGCAAAGCUGCUCCUGACCAGCAGGGGGCACCAGAGUUUAGAGGAGCUGAACACGGCCAUCGACUUACUAGAACAGGCUUCUGCAGCUGGACUCACCAAGGCGCAGGUCUGCCUGGCCUCGGUCUACACUCAGGAGCCGGUAAGAGACGGGAGCAGGUCUGUCCAUUUCCUGAAGAUGGCAGCAGAGAGUGGAGAUGACACCGCCCAGCUGUUCCUGGGUCAGUGUUUUGAGAGUGGCUUUGGGGUGCAGCAGAAUCUGAUGACAGCGAUUCAAUACUACAAACAAGCUGCUCAAGCAGGCAACAAGCAGGCUGAGCGCUUACUGACGCCUCCUAAUGACACAUUCAGUAAGGCAGAUGCAGUUUUGCGCUCCAUCCGGUCAGCUCCAUGUUUCUCUGCAGCCGACCGUCAGCUCCAGCAGCCGCUCUUCUCUCUGGCCAGUCGUGUCCCUCCCAACAGUCGCCCCGUCACCCUUCCCUUCCUGCCUCACUCCUGGAGCACAGGGAGCCUGUGUGUGUCCCCUGCGUGUCCCCUGCGCUGUCCUCCACCCCUCUUCACCGCAAUCCCCACAGCACUGAGGGAGGAGGCUGCCAGUGGACUGUAGGGAUAGGAUAGUUAUACUGAGCCAGCACAGGUCAAACUGAGAAAUGUAUUUCAUAGCAUGAAUGUUUUUUUUUACCAGAGGAGAAAGUUUAAAGUGUGUUAGACGUGUACAUAUUGUGAAGUCUGGAUUAGAGUGAAUAGAUUUUAUAUUUCGGUCAAAUGUGUGCGUUGAAAAUGUUUUUACGUCUGAAAGAGUUGUUGGAUACAGGGUCGUACAAUAUCAUAUGCAGAAAAGAAAACUUACGUUUAUUUUUAUUUAUUUUUAAACACUACAGUGUUCUGUGAGUAAGAGAAUGUGAUAAGGUGCCUUUUGGUGAGUUGAGAAUCUCCGAAACUUCAAAAAUACGUUACUGUAUCGUACACUACUUACUAUAUUAAAAAGAAUAACUUCAGAGGAGAAAAGGGAAAUGCUUUGUGACAGUCCAACCUUUUAACAUGCCAAAGUGAAUUAUGAUGCACUGUGAGGAGAAUAUUGUCCUGUUAUGGCCACAUGCUAAAUAAAAUAUAUUUUUAAAUAAUCCUAAAAA